AAAGCCCACUUCUACCCCUCAUUCUCCCGCCAGACCACCCGCCGUGCCAAUACAAGAACGUACGGCAACGCAAGCCUCCCCAAGGACACCAGUGGCGAUAACGACGCGAUUUUCAGCGUUGGUGACACCGUGCUCGUGAAGACGAUCAGCAAGUAUCCAUACCCCAGCGUCGGAGUGAUCGUGGCCAUAUGGAACGUCGAGGGUGACGGAUUCGGGGAGCAUUCACCCCUGCGCGUACGUGUCCAUUGGUUCUGUCGUCCACGAGAACUUCCUCCCCAUCGUGCGAAGCGGGAGUUCUGCGAGAACGAGGUGCUCUACAUCGUCGACAUGACCAACACCGUGCCCUCAUCCGCGAUCAUCUCCCGCUGCACGGUCUCUUCCUCUUCCUCCACAGUGAUCAAAGAGCCAGUGGACGAUGCGAUGAACGACUUCUUCUUUUGCCGUCUCGCUGUGAACACCGCCCGGGGUCUCUACUACGAACACCACUGGGAAGGCUUCCGUGAGGCUGCGGUGCAGACCAGCUCUGAGACGUGGCCGAAGGACGACGCUUGGACGCUGAAACCCGCGCCGGAACCUCUGCACCGCGGCAAGGACGAUGGACCUCGCCGCAACCGCGGUCAGCCACUCAAGCGUCGUCACCUGGCCCCACCCGAGCCCGACGUCGAGUCUGAGGCGUCGAACUCCGAAGACGACUUCCAUGGUUCCCAAGCCCCCUCUUCCUCCUCUACCGACGAAGGCGACGAAGACCAUGUCUCCGACGAAGACCACGCUCCGCGGACACCCUCGCGUCGCAAGCGCGGCGUGGUCCCGCGUACCCCUCACAAGCCACAUACCCCACGGACACCGCGCCGACCACGGAUCGACCGGGCGUCGCUCGCGCAUCCGACCCCACACUCAAAGGCGGUGCUCAAGCGGCGGAAGAAGACGGCGCUGGCGGUGCGUCCGCCACCGCCUGCGGAGGGGAUGCUGGAGCUCGCGCUCGCGCGGGGGCUGGAGGGCGACGGGUGGGAGCGAGCGAUGCAUGUGCUGCACGUCGCCGCGCGGCCGGGGGCGCUGCCGUGUCGGGAGACGGAGUAUGGACGGGUGUUGAGGGCGGUGGAGGAGCUGUUGGAGGAGGGGAACGGCGGAUGCAUCAACAUUUCUGGUGUCCCGAGGACUGGGAAGACUGCCACAGCGCAUGCGGUAGUGAGGGAACUGAAGCGGAUGGCUGAGAGUAAUGAAGCCAAUCCGUUCUCAUGCGUCGAGAUCAACGGCCUGAAGAUACCGGAGCCGGCGGCGGCGUACGGUCUGCUCUGGGAGGCGGUUUAUGGGGACUCUAUUCAUGUGGAUUCCAACGGACAGCGGUGA